CAGUUCACCUGAUGGCCUGAUCAUUAAGAGCGCUAGCUAAAUUAGCUGUAUUCUCCCAGUGGCUCCAGCCUGACUGUAGUUUUUGUACUGAAGACAUUUUGUCAUGUGGAACCAAGGUAAGGUAGCAAAUGUUGAUGUCGCCCCCAACAAAGAACAUCCUUCUCCUUUUUGUCUUAAAAUGGUUAAAAGUGUCUUUUUCACGUUACACAGCUUGCAGUCAGCCUGCUGACGGGAUGAGCAGCCAGAAAGCAGAGACAUUAAAGGUGUGUCUACCUUCUGUUAACUGAAAUAAUGUGUGGAGGAUCUGAAGAAAAUGUGUUGACGCAGACUGUAAUGCAUUCCUUCACCCUGAUCUCCACAGAGGACGACUCUUCAGAUUUUGCCGUGCACAGUGUCUCAGCUGCUGUCUGCUUCUCAAGACUUCGGCCACACCUUUGCAAUCUGUGGCUUUGAACUCAACCAGGUAUGAGGAGCAAUAAAACAAAAUCUAAAGAGGAUUUCACGCCACAUGAAUGCACGUCACUGUUUAAAAGUCUUGUUUCACAGCAGCCAUUUUGACAUUUCAUUGCAAGUUUAAUGAAACUGGUGUAAUUGAUCAAAUUGAAAAUGAUCGUUCCCAUUCUACAUGGUGUGUCCCAGCCAUUCCAGGGAGCAGUACCGAGGCCCUGACUCACCUAAAUGGAACAGGGCCAUAAUUGAUGUCAUUAAUUACACCUGUGUUUACCUGCAGGGACAAAAAUGCUCCUGUUUAAAAGGCCUAUGAAGCAUAGGGCUGAGGUUUUGACUUCAGUCGCAUCACUUGGACUCGAGUCAAGACUUUGCAAGUCGACUAACUUUAGGCUUUUGACUUGGUAGGAUCAAGUCACAGCCAAUGCUUCUGAUCAUAAACCAAAGUAUUGGACAGGUUGAAAAGUUGACCUGUUGGUGGAUGACCUGAGUGAAUGAGAUCUAUCCCCAAGGGGACCUCGAGUAUAUUCCCCAAAUUUGCGUUUUCAAUGUGUGCAGUGUGUUUCUCAACUCCUCGUCUCAUUUUAAACCAAUCUGACAGACAAUCAUGUUGUGCAAUGAGGAAGGAAAUGUGUUUGUCAGUGCCCAGCAGACAUUACGCAACGCUACUUUGAAGACAAUGAUGGGAUCUCUUUUAAUGUGCUCAGAAAAACGAGAAUUAUUAUCAAAAGCUUUAGAGCACUGCUUAAUGGAUCUUGAGGUGUCUGUCGUUGGCAUCAUCAGAGGCUUUGCUCCCUUUGUGAAGAACAUCAAGUUCUCUGUGGAUGACAUGACUGGUCCACCUUUAAACGUGAAGCAGUGGGUUAACGCAGAGGACUGCACUCUGACAUUUACCUCUCCUGGGACAUAUGUGAAGGUUACUGGAAGUCUAUGCAGGUUCAAUGGCCAAAGGUCAUUGCUGGCAGUAAAUAGCCGAUGUAUCGAGGACCUGAAUGAGAUCACAUCCCACAUGUUGGAAGUGGUGCAUGCUCAUAUGCAGCUUUUUGGAAAGGAAUUUGAUGUGAAUAUGAAUACCACUGCUGCCUCGCGGUCUGAAAGAGUCCUCAAGCAUAGUGGUGAUCUUAAAGACAUCUUACCGAAUGGUUUGUCCUCCCUCCAUGCUCAGGUGUUGACGGUAGUCAGGAAGUACUCUUUCGGCGACAUUGGCAUCAGUUUCCAUGAACUGCUGACACAGCUGGACUACCUCAGUAUGAGAGACCUCAGAUCUUCCUUGAACUCGCUGAUGAAUAACGGUCACGUCUUCUGUACCAUGGAUGAGAAUCAUUUCAAGUCCACAGAACACUAGCGGUCUACCGGGAAGCUUGAGAAGCAUCGAAGGCAUCGUUGUCCUGGAUUGCAGCCGAUCAGGAUGUACCCACAUUUUUAUGUCGACAUGAACAUUGAUUUUUUUGGUUAGAUUUAGGUAGUUAUGACAUAGUGUAGCAGAUGGCUUUGUCUGUCUUGGUCUAAAGAUGUUUAGUUCUCUAUAUUUAAACAGUAGGACAGAUUAGCAAACGGUCACAGGGUUUAUAGUGUAUCAUUUAUUGCUCAGGCUUCUUAUGUUUGUACCAGAUACUGUAUAUAUUUUUACU